AUGAGAAUCAAAGAAGCGAAUGGGAUAUCCGUAUGGCUGUCCGUCGAUGGAGAUAAACUAGGGGAACAAAGAAUGCGAAAAACAGGUGACGAAGACGAUCAUGUCAGAAUGGAGUGUUUCGUCUGUCCCAAACCUCAUCAAGAGUUCACGAUAAACGUUCAUUUGGGUCGUCAGAGACCGUGGAAGGGCGACUGGAUAGCUGAACCUAUAGUAAACGGUCAUAAGAUUCAUUCUUUGCAUGUCCGUAAACGAUGGCACGUCACUCAUAAAUUGUCUACUUUCUAUGAAGAAGAUGAAGAUGGAGAAUUGGUGGAAUCAACCUUAUCUUUUGGAUACAUCGCUGAUCCAGAUGAUGGGGAUGAACCGGUCGAGGGUGAUCAAUCGAGGGAUGCCGAAGAAGGAAUGAUCGUGGUUGAAUUAUCAAGAGGUGAAAUUGAGAGAGUCAGACCUACCAAGAGAAGGAUCAGUCAGAGAGUGAAUGUUAGGGAAGGAAUAGAUAACAGGGGCGAUUUACCGAGUGGAACGAGCCACAAAGCCCAACAGAAAACUGCUUAUGGCGAGGAGUUCACAUAUGACGAAGGGGACGGAGAAAGACCAUAUCUAAGAUUUGUCUUCAAGGUACGAAGUCAACGAUAUCUUAUCAAUCAUGGUCUUCUGGAUCGUUUACCAGCACAACAGCACCCGUCACAAGUAUCUCGCACAGUCCGACUCAAAGCUGACCCUGAUGAGAUUAUCGAGAAUGAGCUAAGCUCGUCGAUAAGAACUGCUUCUGCGUAUCAUGCUCGCCCCAAACGAGAGCCAUCCGAGGAACUUGUCGAGACGGAGUCUGCCAAACGAUUGAGGUUGGCCGAAGAAGAGAUCAAAUCGCUCAAGGUAGGCUGUGUAUUCAUUCCUGAACGUCGAGCUGAUAUCUGA